AUGAUCUAUGGUUUGAAACAAGCGUCACGUAAUUGGUAUCAAAAAUUCACAAAAUCUCUUGUUGAGCUUGGGUUCAGACAGUCAAAGGCAGAUUAUUCUUUGUUUAUUUAUAAGUCAGAAAGGUCCUAUGUAGUUGCGCUUAUAUAUGUUGAUGAUGUUGUCAUAGUUGGAAACGACUCUGUAAAAAUACAACACACUAAAGAUCAGCUCAACGAGAUGUUCAGCAUCAAAGACAUGGGUCCGUCGAAAUAUUUUCUUGGAAUUGAAGUCUCUCGUAUUAAGGAAGGUUUGGUCUUGAGUCAAAGAAAAUACACGCUAGAUAUCAUGAGGGAUAGCGGUCUGGAAGGGUGUAAACCUAGUUCCUUUCCCAUGGAACAAAACCUUAAGCUUGGGAAGGGAGAAGGAGAAGAUAAAGUGGAUAACAGUCAAUACAGGAGGUUAGGUCGUCUCCUUUACUUGCAAGCCACCAGACCGGACAUCACCUACGCAGUGAAUGUCCUCAGCCAAUUCGUGACAGACCCUCUCCAGAACCACAUGGAUGCAGCAACUAGAGUUCUGCGGUACUUGAAAUCAACUCCAGGGCAAGGUAUAGUGUUACCAAAAGAAGGUGGCAUGAACUUAUUGUCAUAUUGUGAUGCGGAUUGGUUAGGAUGCCCUUUGUCAAGAAAGUCUCGAACUGGUUACUUAUUGUCUCUCGGAGGAGCGCCCGUAUCAUGGAAGUCAAAGAAGCAAUCAGUAGUUUCAAGAUCAUCUGCAGAAGCAGAGUACAGAGCCAUGGCUACUACUGUCAGCGAGGUGAUUUGGGCAAGGUGGAUGUUGAGUGAAUUAGAUGCUAAACAAGGAGAACCAACUGUUUUGUUCUGCGAUAACCAGGCAGCUAGGCAUAUAGCAACAAUCCAGUCUUCCAUGAGAGAACAAAGAACGUAG